AUGCCAGCAGCACAAGCGCCUAACUCUUCCGAAGCGCAACCCGAAAGCAAGGUCAAUAUCUCGUACCAUACCGUUGCCACAUUCCCCGAGAAAGGUUUCGGCUACAUGGCGAAACCAGAGAAGCGCAAGGUGCUGGCAGAAGCCGACGCGGCGAAGGAAGUGGCGGAUACCGAACGCCCCUCGAAGCGCGCGAAGAAGGAGAAAAAAGAAAAGAAGGAGAAGAAAGAGAAGAAGAAGAGGGAAGAGGGCGUUCUGGAAGAUGCUGAGCUGCUCUUCAAGGCGAAGCUGACACCCCGUGGCUGCGACCGAAGCCGCGCACAAGGACGAGAAGAAGGUGAAGAAGGAGAAAAAGGAGAAGAACAAUUCGAGAAGAAUAUCAAGACCCCCAGCUUCCUGAAGCAACCACAGGUCGCCCUGUCAACGAAGCCUGCAGUCGACUAUGUCAUGGUCAGGGGUUGGGUCGACGAGGACGGUGUUGUUGUUGAGCCUGAGACUGGGAAGGCCAAGGCUAGGCGAGCUCUGGAACUGGUAGACGCGCCCUCAGAGGCUCAAAGAGCCUGGGAUCGACGGCACAGGAAAGUCUACGACCACGAAGGACCAGAAGAAGAAGAAAGCUAUUUCGUCUUCUUCCGAGAUGAGGACUCUUCCGACUCCGAGUCUGAGUCGGAAUCAGAAUCAGAAGCCGAAUCGUCUGCAUCUUCUCCCGCUCUCCAGCCAACUAUAUCCUCAGAGAAGGAGGUCCACCCCCUCGAAGCACUAUUCAAGCGCGCAAAGCCCGCAGAUGGCGCAACGUCAACCCCCGCCAAGAAGCUCACUCCAAUCGACACAUCCUUCAGCUUCUUCGACAACAACGAAGACACGAUGGAAGUCGACGACGAGCGCGGCCAGCCCAUCGAUGAAGCCCCCACUACCCCCUUCACUCAACGAGACAUUGAAUGGCGCGGCCUCCGCAGCGCGGCACCAACCCCCGACACCGCUGGCCUCGGUCGCCGCUUCUCUUUCGACUGGCGCAAGAACAGCCAAGAAGCCGACGACGACGAGGACAUGGGCGACCUAGAUUCCCUCGCCGAACAACGCCUAUCUCAGAACACGCGCGCAAAUGCCAAAGCCAAGCUAGCUGAGGUCGCAGAAGAAGACGAAGAAGAAGAGGAAGAGAAUGCAGCGGCCGCUGGUGGUAAAGAGGAGAAGCCAGAGAGCGAGUUUAAGAAAUGGUUCUGGGAGAAUCGGGGUGAUUUGAAUCGUGCGUGGAAGAAGAGGAGACGGGAUGCGUUGAAGGCGAAGCGGCAUAGUGAGAACAGGAAGAUGACUGGUAGCAGGAGGGUGUGA